AUGGCAGAAACCCCACCCUUUUUGAUGGAAUCCUCCUCCACCACUGAGGCUCCAUUCAACCUCCCCGGCCCAUCUACAGCCGGCGACGUACGGCGGACUCCACGCGGAGCCGCGGCAUACCCCCGCAAAAGGGCCAUCACCGCAUGCCAGGUCUGCCGUGCGCGUCGCACCAAAUGCGACAAUCGGAAGCCCUCAUGCUCCUUUUGCCUCAAGGUUGGCGCUCGGUGCGUCCAAUCCGCCGUCGACUUAUCCAGAUACGAUCCCGCGAGUAUCAAGAUCUUGGAGCAACUAAGCGAGCUUAGAGAUGCGAUGGGGAAGUGUCAGUCUGCUAUUGAAAACCUAGGAAACUUGGAGGUACAUGCUGGGGGGUCUACAUCGGUUGCUAUAGACUCCUCUCCAGGCGAGACAGUUUCUGACGUAGACCGGACUCGACUGUUGCCUCCAUCUAUUGAGGCUAUUUGCCGGUGGCCGGUUCUUGAUCUAACCCCAGUUUCCCCGCGCGGGGAGGGUCUAGCCUCUACCUCAACCGACACAGACACCGGGAGUGGCUUAUCACCGGAUAACCUGGACAUGCGACUCACCCGACCGCUACUCGAUCGGUUUUUCCAAUACGUGCACGUCAAAAAUCCUGUGCUCGACGAAACAUAUACGCGCCGAUUAGUUGCCUAUUUCUGCGUUGAGGGGCUCGACUGGUCCCCAGAAUCAUGUCUUGCCCUUCUCGUUCUCGCCCUUGGGGCAACCGCUACCCCAUUUGAGGGCCCCGACCAACCCGAAAGGAACUCGGCAUCCAUCAUCAGUGCCCGCUCCUUCUACAAAGCCGCACAGAAGCGACUAGCCCUGACGGUGGACGGCCCAGAUAGGGUACUGGAAGCACAAUGCUAUUUCCUGUCCGGUGUAUACGCAGCUACCCUCUUCCACCUAGACACCGCCUGGAAACUCUUCCUCCAUGCCCUAGCAUGCUGUCAAACCUUCCAAUUCCAGUCCUCCCCCUCCUCACGCGACACGCAGGUCUUUGAUCCGGUCCACAGCGAACGCACCAGCGGCGGGCGAACUCUAAGCCGAGAACAAGCAAUCUACUGGUCCUCCUGGAAAUUCGAACGUGAACUCCGCAGCCACUUGACCGUCCCUGAUUUUGCCCUCUCGCAAACAGAAAUGGUCACAUACCCACAUUUCUUCCCUACACCCCCCCUCCACGUCCGCGAGGAACAAUCAUGGUACUUCUACCUCUCUGAAAUCUCCCUCCGCCGCUUAGCAUCCUGUAUCGCGAAGGGAAUCGUGCAGUUCUACCCCGCACUACCCGGAGAGCAUUUCCUCGACGGAUUAGCUACAGCAACCCGUAUCCACGAGUCUCAAGCAGAGGAGUGGGCUAUCCGGCUUCCACGGGUUUUAUCCCUUGACCAGCCGCCAGAAACGGAUGAUAUUUGUCGAUUUGUCCUUCGCGGCCACCUGCUCAAUCUAUACGAAAGUAUCUACUGGCCCUUCAUUGACGCGCUGAUUAGCGGGUUUCCGAUGGAUGGGGAGAGAGUAUUACUGCGGAGCCUUGUGCUGAAGGGAUUACAGAAGCAUGUUGAGAGGCUGUGGGUUAACCACGCCGGGUGUAAGCAUCGGCACCACGGGACACUUUUUCUGCUUCGGAAUUGUAGUCGGAGUGCACUGGUGCUCGUGGCUGCCGCGUUGGCGAUUCAGGGGCAGUUGGACAAAGAGGGGCAGUGCGCAGUCGUGAUGCCUUUGGGGUGGAGGGAAGCCGUGCUUUUAGCGGUGGAGAUGAAUCGGUAUUGGGCGGGCGAGUCGGCCGAUGCGGCGUAUCUUGGGCGGGUUGUCGAGGCUGCCUGGGGGAAGGUUGAAGGGGUCCAUAUUUAG